GAGAGUCAUGCCCGGUUCUACGCCAGCCAAGUUGUGCUAGCCUUUGAGUACCUGCACCACUUGGAGUUGGUCUAUCGGGAUCUGAAGCCGGAGAACAUUCUGAUCGACCAGCACGGUUACUUGAAGGUGAGUUCAGAUGUGCACAGCACACUUACAUUUGUGAGGCCUCUUCUAACCUCUCGUCUGUCCACCUCCGUUGGAACAUUUGGUUGA